AUGCUGCGAUUAUCACACCUCUUCGAAGCUAGCAACCGGCGCGAAGGUGAAGCAGACGCCGCGUCUCCAUCCUCCCACCCAUCCUAUCUCACACGACCGCCGCCAGAGUCUCCAGAAUCCAUGAGCUCCUCGAAUCCGGGGUCUCCCGUUACCUCGCUCUUCUCGACCAGGACGCAUACUCGGUUCCCCAGCUCCGUCUCGUCGCUGGCGUCGUCGCCUGUCACCAGCUCGCCCGACGGCUUUGGCGGCACCAAGACGCAGUUGACAGAAGUAAAGGAAGAGCCAGGCGAACGAGAGAUCAACUACGUCGAAGGAGAUGGUUACUUUCCUCACUUUAAUGAUUUCCAUGCCGCCGCUGCCGCUGCUGCAUAUGACGACAGUCACCUCUCACUGGACUCACACGAUUUCGACCAGAUUGAUACCCUCGAGGCUGUGGACUCGUUCAAGAAGAGGAGGUCGGACAGCAAGUCCCUCCGCCAGAUAUCCCGGAUCAGCACUCGUUUCUCCUCAUUCUCAUCGAAAUGGAAGCAGGCGAAGCCGUCGUCGAUUGCAGAUACAGUUGCUACACGCGAUCGAUACGAAGACUCACUCAGAUCUCGCGCUAAUUCCGCCACUUCGGCCCUCGCUAGCCCUGCUGCAAGCUUGAUAUCGGCACGCCAGAGCCUCUAUGCCCCCUCUCCAGCCCGGACAACGUUUGAGGAACGCCUGAACGAGGCUGGCGUUGCCGGUAUCGACAUCGAAAAGGCUAACCAACAGUUUGACGGCGAGCCAGAGAGACAUGCCAGGACACCGCUUCUUCCACCGGUGAUGAUGGAUCUGCCACAUAUCGACAAGGAACAGCAUAUAGAUUCCCCGCUGGAGUCACCUUCCAUCGCUCCCGUGGCAGGCCCCCGGGACACCGACAGUCCGCCUAUCACCUCCAUAUACGACUCUAUGCCUGCCACAUCACCUAUUACCUCUACUCAUCCAUCCAUGUCGUCCAUCAGCCGUCAGCUUGCUAUGACUCGCCUCUACUCAACUCGCAUGGCCAUGUCUGACUCCGUCGAUGAAUGGUCCUGCAAGCUAGGACACGCAAACUUCACCAUCUAUCCCGAGCCAUACAUUCCCGAGAUCUGUGACAGGGAGGCUUUGAACAACUUCCGUACCAACUGGGAGCUCGCUCGCUGCAACUACGCCAAGCACCUUGCCCGUACUGAUGAACACUACGGUUCCACGUCGCACAUAUACCAACUCACUGAAGAGAAGUGGAUAUCCGUCAACAACGAGUGGAAGAAUGGCUACAACCAUGUCAUCGCCAACCUUGAAGAUGGCAAUGGUAACCGUCUCUCACUCAGCCCGUCAGAAGUGCUCCACUGCUCCCAGGAUGCCGUCAAGAUACCCGGACUUCAUGACAAGAAUAAGUUCCCCGAGCUUGGAGACGAAGACAUCGUCGGACCCAUGUCAGUUGGGCCUGGCCUACAGCAUUGUCGGUCCGGUGAUGAUAGAAUCCUAUCUAAAAAAUCCAUCCUCAAGUUCUUGAACGGUCUCUUCAGCCUUCGCAAGAGCUCGUAG